UGCGUGUCAUUAUCUGGAAGCAAAAAGUCAUACAACACACAAAAUAUUUCAGCGAAAUAGAAAAUCAUUAUCUUAAAAAAAGUAUGGAACAAAAUCCCCAACAACCGGUACCACCACAGUAUACAGUGCAGUACGAUACGCAGCAGCAGCAGGCCCCUGCUGUUCAGUUUAUGCCGAUUGCAAUGGCAACUGUACCACCACCUGCCUCAUCAUUAACGAGCGUCAACAUGCAUCUUUUAGCAGAUAUACCGCAGUCAUUACGAGAUCAAUUAACCGUAACUGGUAUCUGUUAUAUUAUAAUUGGUCUAUUAUUAAUUGGUUUCAACAUUGGUCUUGUCAUAAAUCAUUCAUUAACUUACAGUUUGACAAGUUUACUUAUGUUGGUCGUCUGGCAGUUAAUGGUAUUAAUAGUAGCAUUUGUUUUGCACUGCAUAGGUUUUGCCCUAACAACAUGUGGAAGAUAUACUGAUGGAUGUUGGAGAGUAACAAUUAUUGUAAUUGGACGACGAAGACAGCCACAACUGCCAUCAGAACGCCGAUUUUACGACGGUGGAAACACAAAUACAAGUCAAUUCAGUUGA